AUGUUUCUCUUUCUGCUUUCUCUUUUUUUUGUUACUUCGUGUUCGUUUUUCGCUAAAAAAAAUUCUGCUUUCCAAAAUUCAUUCACACAUUUACCAUUUUUUUCUGUCUACGUUUUUCCGUCUUUCAUUUUCCUCCUCCUCGCUUUAUAUCACACGACUGCUUUCUUUAGACACUUUUUUUUCUUCCAGUUUGUUCCAAUAUUUCCUUUUCUCUCUCUAUCUCUGAUUUUAUUUUCGUCUUUGUAUCUCUUCUCUCUAAUUGUCUCUCUUUCUUUCUCUGUCACACUCUCUCUCAGUUUUGAUUUUUUUCUCUCUCCAAAUGAACUUCGAAUUCUUUUCUCGUUUUUUUUUAAAUCCAUUUUAUCUUCUCUCUAUUCCCCUACUUCUUUUAAUUCUUUUCAUCAUCUUUACCCUAUUUUUUCGCCAAUUCUCCUUCCAUUUGCCGCCCUUCUUCCUAAGCCCCCUAAUUUUUGUUUUUCCCUUGACACAACAAUAUCUAUCUACCAACGUGGGAAGGACUUGACUUAUCCUUGUAUUUAUCAACUUCCUAAUCAUACUCUCUCUCUCUCUCUCUCUCUCUCUCUCUCUCUCUCUCUCUCUCUCUCUUUCACUUCUCGUCUGUUUAACGAUUUUCUCUCUAGUUUAGCCAUAUGUUUACAAAUCUUCCUCCAUUCAUUCCCUUCACAUCUCUCUCUCUUACCAUCUCUCCCCCUCUCUCUCUCUUCUUUCUUUCUCUCCUUCCCUAUCUCUCCCUCUCCUCUUUCUCUCUAUUUCUUCUCUGUUUCUUUUUCUUCUCUCUUUCUCUCCCUCUCUCUUUCUUCUCUCUUUCUUUCUCUUCCCUCUCUCUUUUUCCCCCUCUCUCCCUCUCUCUCUAUCCUGUCUCUCUCUUUUUCCUCUUUCUUUCUCCCUCUCUCUCUCUUCCUUUUCUCUUUCUCUCCCUCUCUCUGUCUCUCCCCCCUUUCUAUCUCCCUCCCUAUCCCUCACCCUGUCUCUCUUUCUCUAUUCAUCAUAUUUCUUUUUCUCUUUAUCCAUCUUCUGCAUACACCCACUCGUCUUAUUUAUUUACUCUCUCGCUUUUACUCGCCUCUUUUCACUUCCCUUUUCACCCCCCGCUCUCUUUCCGUCUUUAUCGUUUAUCCACAUUUCCAACAAUUCAAACAUCUUAACUCUCGGUCGCCUUUCACUGACAUUUUUUCCUGUUUACUUUAA